GCAUUAAUAUAAUAGCACAUAUUGCUAGUAAAAUGAAGAAAAAAAUUGUAUCGACUAUUAAAAGUGUUGGCUCUUGGAUUGGUCUUACAGUUGAUGAAAGCACUGUAUUUGGAAUAAGCUACCUCAUUCUGUACCUCAGAGGGGAUGUAACAGGAGAAGGUGAGAUUGAAAACAUAUUUUUGGAUUUGAUUGAGCUGGAGGAAGGAACAACUGCUGAUGCCAUAUACAAAGCAGUAAAAAAGAGUCUCAUGGAAGCUGACCUGGAUGAUGAAUAUCUCAAGUCUCAUCUGAUUUGCAUAACAACUGAUGGGGCAUCUGUGAUGACUGGAAGAGAAAGUGGUCUUAUCACAAGGCUAAAAAAAGACUACAGUCUACUGGAGAGUAUCCACUGCCUUGCACACAGGCUUGAGUUGUCAGUAAAUGAUGCACUAAAGUCAGUCACAGGUUGCAAUUACUUUGAGAUAUUUAUUUCAAAACUGUACACACUGUACCAUCAGUCCCCAAAGAAUGCAAGACAACUGGCAGAGGCAGCCUCUCAGGUCAAUGUCAGCCUGCUUAAGAUUGGUCAAAUCUUUACCAUUCGUUGGGUAGCAAGUAGUUUUUUGACAGUACAAGCUGUUUGGAGAGACUACCCUGCUUUGGCUGAACAGAUGAAAAAAGCAGCUGAAGAUGGAUCACGUUGUGAUGGAGAAAGAAAAAAAUUCAAUGGCCUUUUGAAUCACAUCACAGCCACUGGGUUUGUUAAAGACCUGGCAACUAUAAAAGAUGUGCUACGUGAACUUAGGAGUCUAUCUCUAAAACUGCAAAACAGAAACACUUCUCUUAUGGAUGCCACACAAGAAAUAAAAAUGACAAUUGAGGUGUUGAAGGCUUUCAAAACCACCCCAGGGAAGUCAAUGGACAAAGCAGAGGAAAGUAUUCAGUCUGGAGAAUUUAAAGGAGUGCCCUUGCAUUUCAGCAAAGAACAUAUAAAUAGACUGCAGUUCCUCCAAGCACUCAUUGACAGUCUCUCUUCAAGAAUGCCUGACACUAAGCUUACAAAAAUUGUAGCACCACUGAAUCCUGGUAACUGGCCAAAAUCCAGAGACCUUCUUGUUCUCUUUGGGGAGAAAGAAAUCCAUGACCUGGCAAAGAUGCUUGGAGUAUCAAGUAGGGAAGCAGUUGAAGACUUCAGAAACUGGAAGCUCAACAAUGACCAGAAUGGAAAGGUCCUCAAAAAACUGUUGAAUGCCAGUAAAACAUACCUGGCAAGUUCUGCUGAGUGUGAGAGAGGCUUUUCUGCCCUCAAUGCCACUGCCACAGAUGCUAGGAAUCGCCUUCGUGUUAGGAGCCUCUCUGCUGUUCUUUUCAUUGACCUUAAUGGCCCCCCUCUAAACAUGUUUGAUCCUCAACUCUAUAUUCAGUCCUGGCUUAAGGAGAAACAUUGUCUGUCUACAGCCAGUAAAACAGGGAGAGACAUAUCUGCCCAAAAAAUCAGGCCGCUGUGGGCCAUUCUAUCCAGUGGAAAAUGA